AUGCACAAGAAUACGGCUUUGAAGUUCAAGCGGACUACGGUCUACCGGGACGAGGCGUCUGAGGCGGUCGAAAGCUCACGGUCGCAGACCUUCCCUGUCAACCGAGCAUUUGCUGAGCGGGUGGCCCUCGGCUCAGCGAACUCUAAUUCUGAGACUUUCUCCUACUGCAACGUAGGAGAAACUGCUCCGUUCGUUGGAGACGUAGGAGAACGUAGGAGAAACUGCAACUUGCUGAGCGGGUGGCCCUCGGCUCAGCGAACUCUAAUUCUGAGACUUUCUCCUACUACGCUCGAGUCCAUCAGACUUCCGCUUGACAAUAAUAGUGCAGGAAAUGUCCUCCCGGCAGUACCGCAUGACCUGGCCGAGAAUCGCUCGGACUUGCUGGGAGCUUCUCUGGCGUGCGUCUCUGAGACGGUAGGAUCCUUGCGCUUAACGUGCAAGCCUCGGUGCAACCUGCGCCUACCACCUGACCGCAAGUGGGGAACCCUCAACCCCGACGGCACGUGGACAGGCAUGGUAGGCGAGGUGGUCGCUGGCAGAGCAGAGUUUGUGGUGGCCACGCUAGACAGCACCGUCGAGCGUGCGCGUGUGGUCGACUCGCUUAUUCCUAUCUCCACCACGUGGACUUCCCUGUACAUGAAGGCCGGCUCACAAUUCGGGUCUCCGUGGAUUCGCUACACAGAAGAGUUCAGCCCCAGCGCUUGGAUCGUCCUUCUUGCGGUCGUCAUCACGACGACGAUUAUCCUGUACCUCGUCAUGCACAGAUCCCCUGGAGAAACCGUCACUUGGGAACUUAGUGAAACUUUACUAAUUGUGACGGGGCUGUUCGCUUCUCAAGGUUUCUGCGGCUGUCCAGUAAACGUGAGUGUGCGGAUCUUCCUAUUAACGGUCAUCGCGCUCGCAAUUCUGGCUCAGACUUACUACUCGGCGUUCCUGUACGCGAAGCUCUCCGACACUCGACGCCCAGUUCCGUUUCGAACUAUUCAAGCAAUCAUAGAUGAUGGAUCCUACACCUUCGGAAUGAUGAUCGGAGCUUCCAUCCAGGGAGAAUUUCUGGUCUCGAAAGACCCGUUGCUCCGACGCUUGUAUGAUGAGUUCACAGUCCCAAAAGGACUUUUCUCCGAGUUUACAGAUGUCUUCAAAAGGCUUGAAAAUGAACGGUACAUCGCUGCUCUAAACAUGCUCUCCGUCGAAGCUGAGACUCGCCUCAACCCAUGCCGAUUGAUUCGACUUCCCAUUAAAAUGUUCGCGUUCAAAGCUGGUUUCGCGCUGAGGAAGAAGUCUCCGUAUAAGAAAAUAUUCAAUAAUGCGUGA